AUGGCCCCUGGACUCACAUCGGACAUACCCGUGCACUCCCUUUCAUCUCAGGAUGAGAGCACGAAGACCAAGUCCUACCCGAAACCCUUGAGGCUCAGCGGCGCUCUUGAGAAAUUCAAGUAUGAAGAAACAACUCCUGUCAUUGGGCGGGAGUACGUAGGUGUCAACAUCGUCGACGACCUGCUCAACGCCGAUAACGCCGACGAUCUUCUGCGAGAUCUCGCCAUCACCAUCUCACAGCGUGGCGUUGUCUUCUUCCGCGCCCAGGACAACCUCAGCAAUGACCUGCAAAAGCAAUUCGUGCAUCGUCUUGGCCAGGUGACUGGCAAGCCAAAGGACUCCACCCUCCAUAUCCACCCGGUCUUGAACAACUCGUCCGAGUUCGGCGUGGGUGAUCACGAGAUUAGCACCAUCAGCUCUCGCCAACGCAAGACAGUCUUCAAGCACGAGGCAAACCCUUCUAGGGGUCGUUAUGACUCUGCAGAAUGGCACUCAGAUAUCCAAUUUGAGCCAGUACCCGCAGAUUACACCUCGUUGCGGUUGACUCAAUUGCCCAGCACUGGUGGUGACACGCUCUGGGCUUCUGGUUAUGAGAUCUACGACCGUUUCUCCAAACCGUAUCAGAAGUUCUUCGAGGGAUUGACGGCGACCUUCAGUGGUGAUGGAUUUCACCGGGCAGUCGAGCAGAACCCCAACGUUAAGAUUUACGAAGAGGCGCGUGGAAACCCGUUGAACGUAGGCGCAGGAUUAGAGGCUGUUCAUCCCGUCGUGCGUACAAAUCCUGUUACUGGCUGGAAGAGUAUCUUCGCCGUUGGACCAUUCCCAAAGCACAUCAACGGAUUAUACAGUGAUGAAUCCGAGGCCAUCCUGAAAAAGUUCAGGCAAAUCAUCACCGAGAACCACGAUCUGCAGGUUCGAUUCAAGUGGAGGAAUGAGAAUGACAUUGCCAUCUGGGAUAACCGUAGUGCGUUCCACAGCGCGACAUUUGAUUACGAUGAUAUAGGCGAGCGAUUCGGAAACCGAGCUGUGGGUAUUGGUGAGCAACCAUACCUUGACCCACACAGCAAGUCCAGAACAGAAGCCCUGAGAGAAGCAGCUCGACGAUAG